ACAAUAUGUUUUCAUUUGAAAACUCCGAAACUCCGAAAAGUACUCGAUAAACUUUUUAGCGGUAGUUAAAAUGAAAAAAAAUAGUGGUUAAUUUGUAUCCUUUCUCAGUAUCCUGCAAUGGCUUUCCUCGGAUCGCAUCUAACCAGCGAGGUUGGGUUACGGUUGCUCCUCUGGCCUCUUGGUUCCAACAUUGUUACUCGAGCAGCAUGCUGUUCUGUGGGAGUAGUUUUACCUGUAUAUUCUACAUUUAGGGCAAUUGAGAGGAACAAUCGAAGGGAGGAGCAAAAGUGGCUUAUAUAUUGGGCAGCUUAUGGAUCUUUCACCCUUGUUGAAACAUUCUCUGACAAACUUCUUUCCUGGUUUCCAUAUUAUUAUCACUUCAAGUUUGCAUUUCUUGUCUGGCUUCAACUUCCAUCUACCGAAGGGGCUAAGCAAAUCUACAAGAACCACCUGCGCCCUAAGUUGCUGAAACAUCAAGCUAGAGUUGAUCAACUAAUGGGCUUUGCAAGUGCUGAGUUGGCAAGAUUCAUCAGUGCACACCAUAAAGAGUUUCAAAUUUUCCGGGCGAUAAUGACAAAGAUUAUAGGAUCGGUAGACGCAGAAGCCAGUGGAGGCACAGAACCUGCUGAUCCAAGAGGGCUACCUGCAAUUGACGGCCCAACAAACCCAGAAUCUGAAGACGAAGACUACUAGUUUCUGAUCCCCAAAGGAGAGAGAUGUACGUUAUAAACAUCUUUUUCUCAGGUUAAAUUCUUCUAUGUUAUAAAUUUAUCGUUUAAUGUCCUCCAAGAGGUAGAAGCAUGAGACAUAGGCGGCAUCCUUAUAAUAAAAAUUGCACCUCAUUUUUCUCCAUCUCUCAUGCUAUAAGAAUUAUUAGCUACUAAAACGUAUAAUAGCGCUAA